AUGCUCAAGGGCAACAACAACCACGAAGAUGUCAGCGAUGACGAUUUUGUUAGCGAAAAGCAGAUUUUCCAAGGCCCGAACAAGACCAUCCUGACUUUGGAAUCCAUCCACGUCGUUAAAGGGAUCGACAAACAUGUAAAGAAGAGGAUAGAGGAGGGGAAGGUAUACUUGAGCGAUAUAAGUCCUGUGAAGAACGCAGAAAUUGAAUUGGCCUUUUUAAAGAGUCUACGUGACAAUGCUUUGAAAAAUAACAUCAUAAGUAAAAAAAAAUAUUAUAGUGGCAAGUUCACUAAAGAUUUGAAUAUUAAAAUAGAAGAGAACUACAAAUGCUUCAGCUUAGACCAUGCCCAGGCACAUGGAGGGGGGAACACCGAUCCAGGUGACCUAGGUUGGCACAGUGGUGAUAACAAUUUGAAAAGUCCCAAUGAUAGUGAAGAAUUGGGCAGCGGAUCGGUGGGCAGGCGGCCGAUAAAAGGGCAGCCGAAAAGGAAACACAGGGGGCCCCAAAUAAAUAAAGACAAAGGGGAGGAAGAACGGGGUGAAAAAACAGACGACGAGGAGGAGAAGAAGAAGAACUACUAUGACGACGAUGACGAAAAAGACUACGACGGGGAUGAAGUACCGAAUGACGAAGUUGAUAACGAUGCCUCCAACCAAGCGGAGGAGGCGGGCCAGCCGUACUACAACCGCAUUAACUCCUUUGUCCAGAAAAGCCUAAAACCGAGCUUGCUGGAAAAAUUCUCCUUCAACGAUUUCCCAGAGUUACUCGAAAGAGAAACGAUCGAUUAUAUAAAAAAAAAGGAGAAAAAGUUACAAAAAAAAAGAUUAAACGCGAAUUUGGAGGCCCUGAGGUUGCAGUACAUACCGAUCAAUAAUGACAAGUUUAAAAAUAUCCCAAGAGAAAUUAAGGAAAAUAUAUUGGCCCUAUUCGCAUGUAUCAUAAUCAAACAUAUCGACUCCUUUGACGAUAUACAAGUACAAAACCAUUUGGAAGAGUUGUCCAGAAAUUUCCUCAAGCAAAUGUCAGAUUUACUGGUUAUAGAUCCCCUAGCGUAUAAGUGUAUCAUGAAGCCGCUCGAUCAAAGAGAGUUAAUCAGGGAUAUCACAGGUGAUAAGAAGAUAUACCAAUUGUACGAGAAACCAUUUAUUGAUAAUUUAUUGGUACAAAUACAGGACCUCCAAGCAGGCAUAGAUUUGAAGUUUAAAAAAGUGGUAGAAGAAUUGAACAAUGAAAUGGAUUUUUGGCAAAAUGAUCAUAUUACUGAUGAACCAAAUAAUGAUCUCUUUAGUGAUGUAGAGAGGGACAUACGAUACGGCUUUGACAGAUACUACAGCAACAGUAGCAACCUUCUCGAGGAUGAUGAAGACGAUAAUGCCGACUGCAGGAGCGAUGUCAGAAAUUUGUCCUCCGCUCGGGGUAGUUUUAUCCAAAGAGAAAUUGAUGAAUCGUACAGUGGGGAGGCCAUCCAUGAUUACUUUUCUUGGGGAGACAAUAAAGCCUCUAGGGGUUGUAAAAAAAACGGGAGAGAUGACCACCCAGCGGUAGCAAUUGGAGGAAGGGGCGAUCAAAGUUGUGUUGACACACCGAGUGGGAAGAAAAGGAACAAAGCGAAUCUCUCGCAUAAUGAAAAGGGGGCCCCCCCGGAAUGUCACAGAGGCGGACGAAUGAUGCAGGAGCGGAGCAGCAGCCUGUAUGACGAAAACGGGUGUAACGCUCCUCCAGGAGUCGACAUGGAUAGUCAGGGUGAAGCCGCGAAUGGCGACGCUAGUAAAACUGCCCGUGAGGCUCCCCGCCAAGACGAGCAGGAAGUCAACCUGGGGAAUGCCCCCCCCAAAGAGCCAGGUGAAAGUGACUGCACUGACGAUACGAAGCAGUGCAAAAGUGGGAAAUGUCCCGGGGAGUUGGAGAAGACGAAGGGGGCAGGAUCGUUGCAGCUGACUGUGGAGCAGUCGGGGAAAGUGCAGUCCACCAAAGGGGAGCCCACCAAAGGGGAGUCCACCAGAGGGGAGUCCACCAAAGUUGCUGCUGACAAACCCGGCGCGAACCAAACGAGCAGACCCAGCACCAAGGGCGAUAAGAACAUGCCCGUGGAGGGAAGCGCGUCCGAUGGAAAGUAUCGCCAAAGCGUAGGUGCGAGCAUACAGGCGAGGAUCAAAACGAGCAUCAGCCGCUCCGAGACGUUCGAAGGGGAAAGCGACUAUGAAGAGAGCGACAUUGAUAAGCACCUAAACCAUGGGGUCCCCACGAGAGGACCCGAAGUGAAGUCAGUGCUUCUCAGAGACCUAAUCACGACCUACAUCAUGACAGGAAAUAAUAAUGCGAGAAUACAAUUAUAUUUCCAGAAGUUUGCUAGAUGCUUAAAAAUAAAUGAGUUAUUAAUUUUAAGGAUAGAAGAAAAUUUGGCAGCAGAUUUAAUAAGUGCUUUACAGGCAUCAACAAAUGAGACUUCCAAGAGGAAGAACAUAAGGAGGAUCAAAAUAGCAGCUGCUGCGCUAGGUGGGGGAGCUUUGAUAGCUUUCACAGCAGGGUUAGCUGCUCCUGGGAUUAUAGCAGGGUUGACUGCGUUAGGUGCUGGCGGAAGUAGCCUUACAGCCUUCCUAGCAUCAGCUAGCGGUUUGGCUUUUAUUGUGUCUUUAUUCGGUGCAGGAGGAGCUGGAUUGACAGGGUACAAAUACAGCAGAAGGAUAGCAAACAUAAGAACCUUUGAAUUUAUAAUGCUAAAUGGAAGUCUCUCAAAAUCGUUAAGUGUAUGUGUAUGUGUCAGUGGGGAAAUACAAACAGAUGAUGAUAUAACUAACCCAUGGAUUGAAGUCUUCCCCAAUUGUUACUGUGAUUUGUAUGCAUUGAAGUGGGAAAACCAUUUGCUAAAAACAUUAGGUUCUUUGAUCGAAACGAUGUUGUCUCAAGAAUUUGCAAUAACGGCUAGUCGAAUAUGGCUACAGUACACUAUAGCUAGUACUCUCAGUGCUGCCUUGACAUGGCCAUUAGCACUAAUUAAAUACGCCUCAAGCUUGGAUAACGUUUAUUUGCUCAUACGGGAGAGAGCACAACAGGCAGGAAGAAUCCUAGCAGACGCUUUGAGUGACAAGAACACUGUUGGACAAAGACCUGUUAUCCUCAUUGGGUACUCCGUUGGGGCUCGUGUCAUUUUUUACUGUUUAAAAUAUUUGCAUGCAAAAAAGUUAUACAAUAUUGUUAGCAAUGUUAUAUUUAUAGGCCUCCCUGCAACUACCAGCACAAGGGUGUGGGAGAAAAUUCGGAUGGUGGUGACUAACCGAGUGAUUAAUGUUUACUCAAAAAAUGAUUGGCUGUUGGGUUUCCUGUACAGGUAUAUGGAGUGGAAGCUAAGUGUCGCUGGACUUAUCGCAGUGAAUGUGCCCAAUGUGGAAAAUUAUGACGCUAGUGGGAUUAUCCACAGCCACUUGGAUUAUAAGAGGAAGCUCAAGGACAUUUUUAAUUUGAUAAACUUUGACAUGUGA